AUGACGGAGUCGGAGGAUGAUUGGGAGGUGGAUCCUAUAAACCCACGGAACUGGCCAUCGACGAAGAAGUGGGUAUCCACCGCAAUUGUCGCCUCGUUCACCUUCGUCUCUCCUCUCUCGAGCUCGAUGAUGGCUCCUGGUCUACCCGAGAUUGCCGACAAGUACGACAUCACGAGCUCAACGGUUGGCGCGCUCUGCCUGAGUAUCUUCCUGCUAUCGUAUGCGCUGGGCCCGCUCAUCCUCGCACCCUUAUCGGAAAUGUACGGCCGUAAAUGGGUCCUCUUUCUUGGCAACAUCGGUUUGCUGGCGUUCAACCUGGGAUGCGCUUUAGCACCUAAUGCUGGUGCGCUCAUUGCGUUCAGGUUUCUCGCUGGGCUUGCUGGAAGUGCACCCAUUGCAUGCGGAGGAGGAACAGUGAGCGACCUCUUCUCAGAGCGAGAUCGUGCCACUGCUAUGGCAUUAUACUCGUUAGGUCCUCUCCUUGGUCCUGCCAUUGGGCCGAUCAUGGGCGGCUUCAUCGCCGAAAACGCUGGCGUCUCAUACGUCUUCUACGUGACCGUUGCUCUCUGUGGUAUCGUAUCCAUCGUGGGCUUCUUGUUCCUCCAUGAGACGUAUGCGCCCAUCAUCCGCAGGCGACGUGAUGAGAAGGCUGAAGACCCCGAGAAAGCGGCCAUUCGACGGGCGUAUCUCACAGAAAACUCGCCUAGCAAGUGGCAGUACCUGUGGGUGAACAUCAUGAGGCCGGCAAUCCUAUUGACACGCAGCUUUGUAUGCUUCAUGCUGAGCCUGUACCAGGCGCUGAUGUAUGGCAUUUACUACCUCAUGUUCGCAACGUUUCCAAAUCUGUUCACGGAUGUAUACCACUUCAACACUGGUAUUAGUGGCCUUGCUUAUAUCGGACUCGGCUUUGGUUUCGUCUCGGCGACGCUGUUUGGAGCUAACAUAUCCAACAAAAUAUAUCUUCAUCAACGUGCCAAAAACGGCGGUGUAGGAAAACCAGAGAUGCGCAUACCUGCUCUCAUGUUCGGUUCGCUUUUCGUACCAGUGGGGUUGUUUUGGUACGGGUGGUCUGCACAGGCACAGAUCCACUGGAUAAUGCCUAUCAUUGGUACCGGUAUCUUCGGGUUCGGUCUUAUGACAACUUUCCUGCCUAUUUCCUUGUACCUCGUAGACACAUUCGCUUACGCCGCUAGUGCAGUAGCCGCAGCAUCGGUACUUCGUUCGUUCCUAGGCUUUGUGUUUCCGCUCUUUGGCGAGCAGAUGUACGCAAAACUCGGGUACGGCGGUGGUAACUCUCUACUCGCGGGUCUUGCUAUCGUGCUUGGUAUCCCGUUUCCCAUCUGGAUAUAUUACAACGGCGAGCAGAUUCGAGCACGUAGCUCUCUGGCUCGAUGA